CUAUGAGAAACCUCCCCCAGGGCUAAUAAAGGAGAAUGAAACAAAGCCUGAAGACUGCAUACCUGAUGUACCAGGCAAUGAAAGUGCACGAGAAUUCCUGGCACAUGCCCCGACAAAAGGGCUUUGGAUGCCUUUGGGAAAAGAAGUCAAAGUCAUGCAGUGUUGGAGGUGUAAACGUUACGGACACAGGACAGGAGACAAAGAAUGCCCGUUCUUUAUUAAAGGCAAUCAGAAACUGGAACAAUUUAGAGUAGCGCAUGAGGAUCCAAUGUACGAUAUAAUAAGGGAAAAUAAACGUCAUGAAAAAGAAAUGAGGAUACAGCAACUGAAGCAGCUCCUGGAGGACUCAACCUCAGAAGAUGAUGAUGAUAACAGUGAUGAGGAUGACAAAGAUGGCAGCAGCUCCACUUCAUCAGAAUGUAGAGAUAAACACAAGAAAAAAAAGAGAAAGAAGGAAAAAAAGAAAAAAGAAAAGAAAAAGAAGAAGAGAAAGCGUAAAUCAUCUAAAUCUAAUGAGAAGUCAGAAUCUGACUGA